CUAACCCAGGCUGAGAGUAGCUGCUGUUUCUGAGAGGACGAUUCGAGGGGAGGCCCCUGGCGCGGUUUUCUUUGCCUCUCCCUUCCGCAGGCCCUGGCUGUACUUUAACUGUGCCUAGAGCGUGGUACGUUCUCGUCUACCUACCUGACUUUCUGCAGAAGGCGCCUGUCGUUGGCCUAAUAGUUCCCUGUCGAAAGUGCCGGCCCCCGCGCCGGCACCGGCCGCAGCCGGGUGGGAAGGCUCAAGAUGGCGUGCCUGUUGGAGACCCCAAUCCGCAUGAGCGUCCUCUCGGAAGUAACAGCUAGCAGUCGCCACUAUGUUGACAGGCUAUUUGACCCUGAUCCCCAGAAAGUUCUACAAGGUGUCAUAGACAUGAAAAAUGCUGUAAUUGGAAACAACAAGCAGAAAGCCAAUCUCAUUGUUUUAGGAGCUGUUCCAAGAUUAUUGUACUUGCUUCAGCAAGAAACCUCAAGCACAGAGCUGAAAACUGAAUGUGCCGUGGUAUUGGGGAGUCUUGCUAUGGGUACUGAAAACAACGUCAAGUCUCUUCUAGAUUGCCAUAUUAUCCCUGCCUUACUGCAAGGACUACUGUCUCCAGACCUGAAGUUCAUUGAAGCUUGCCUCCGGUGCCUGCGCACCAUCUUCACCAGUCCCGUCACUCCAGAGGAGCUACUGUAUACAGAUGCCACGGUGAUCCCACAUCUCAUGGCGCUGCUCAGCAGGUCCCGCUACACCCAGGAGUACAUCUGUCAGAUCUUCUCACACUGCUGUAAAGGUCCAGAUCAUCAAACAAUUUUGUUUAACCAUGGUGCAGUUCAGAAUAUUGCUCACCUACUAACCUCAGUAUCUUACAAAGUUCGAAUGCAGGCACUGAAAUGCUUCUCAGUUUUAGCUUUUGAAAACCCCCAGGUAUCGAUGACGCUGGUAAAUGUUUUGGUUGAUGGAGAAUUAUUACCACAAAUUUUUGUGAAGAUGUUACAGAGGGAUAAACCUAUUGAGAUGCAGCUCACAUCAGCAAAAUGUUUAACUUACAUGUGUAGAGCUGGAGCAAUUCGGACAGAUGACAACUGUAUUGUAUUGAAGACACUGCCUUGUUUGGUUCGAAUGUGCAGUAAGGAGAGAUUACUAGAGGAGAGAGUUGAAGGAGCUGAGACACUCGCCUAUCUGAUUGAACCAGAUGUGGAGCUACAGAGAAUCGCUAGCAUAACUGAUCACCUCAUUGCCAUGCUUGCUGAUUAUUUCAAAUAUCCCAGCUCAGUGAGUGCCAUCACUGAUAUUAAAAGGCUUGAUCAUGACUUAAAACACGCUCAUGAACUCCGCCAGGCUGCAUUCAAGCUCUAUGCCUCUCUAGGAGCAAACGAUGAAGACAUCCGGAAGAAGAUCAUUGAGACUGAAAAUAUGAUGGACCGAAUUGUGACUGGCUUGUCUGAGUCUAGUGUCAAGGUGCGGUUAGCUGCCGUCAGAUGUUUGCACAGUUUAUCUAGAUCUGUGCAGCAGCUUCGAACCAGUUUCCAGGAUCAUGCUGUGUGGAAACCUUUAAUGAAGGUUUUACAAAAUGCACCAGAUGAAAUCCUAGUAGUAGCAUCCUCCAUGCUAUGUAAUCUUCUUCUUGAAUUUUCUCCAAGCAAAGAGCCAAUUUUAGAAUCCGGAGCUGUGGAACUACUUUGUGGAUUAACCCAAAGUGAAAAUCCCGCUUUGCGAGUGAAUGGAAUUUGGGCUUUAAUGAAUAUGGCAUUUCAGGCUGAACAAAAAAUAAAAGCAGAUAUUUUACGAAGCUUGAGUACUGAACAGCUCUUCCGGUUAUUAUCAGAUUCAGAUUUGAAUGUGCUGAUGAAGACAUUGGGACUUCUUAGAAAUCUCCUCUCUACUCGGCCUCAUAUAGAUAAAAUAAUGAGUACACAUGGGAAGCAAAUUAUGCAAGCCGUCACCCUUAUUCUGGAAGGAGAGCAUAACAUUGAGGUCAAAGAGCAGACUUUCCUUAGGUGUGGUUACUUCAUUGGCGAUGGUGUCAGGAGAGAAGAGAUCAGAGUGGGACCUGUGAGCGUCUGUGUACUUCAGACACUGUGCAUCCUAGCCAACAUAGCAGAUGGGACAACAGCAAAAGAACUCAUUAUGACCAAUGAUGACAUCCUGCAGAAAAUCAAGUAUUACAUGGGUCAUUCACAUGUCAAACUGCAGCUUGCUGCUAUGUUUUGUAUAUCAAACCUCAUAUGGAAUGAAGAGGAAGGUUCACAAGAACGCCAGGAUAAAUUACGAGACAUGGGCAUCGUAGAUAUUCUACACAAACUGAGUCAGUCACCAGAUUCAAACCUUUGUGACAAGGCAAAGACGGCACUGCAGCAGUACCUGGCGUGACCGGAGCACCCUGGGCACCUGCGAGCAUCCCACAUCCUUGUUAAAGGAAGUACAGGAACUAGCCUCAUUUGAUUCCUUCUAUUUGCACAAGUCACCUUGGACUGCAGGGAGCUGUUUUGCAAAAGCAAUUUGGUAGGCUUAGAUCUCAAAUUCAUCUUGAGAACAUUGUUUCGAGGUAGUAAUUUCCUCAGAGGACUAUUGUGUUUUGUUUUGUUUUGUUUUCUGAGCUACCUGGACUCUUUGUUAGAACAAUCAAUCAUUUUCCUUUGGACCUACAAUUUUUUGCCUAUGCUGCAGCCACUUUGUGAGUGAGGAUGAAUGUGUCUCUGCACACAUAGGUGUGUGUGCGUGUGUGUGCACGUGGGUCAGAAUGAAUGGAUGUGUGUGUGUGAGGGAUACCUCAAAUUUUUCUUUUCUUAUUUUGUGUGAAAAUCUCUUUUCUACAGAUUUUCCAGGGUUUAAGCAUUGCUUGCUGUAUAAAAAACUUUACUGAAUUAUAUACAGUUUGAAUGAAAUGUUAUUUUAAAAACAAAACAAUUGUUAAGUGUUCCAUAAAGGUUAUGUUGAAUUUUGGUCAGAUGAAUAUUUGUAAGUAAAAAAUAUAUGCAUUUCUGAACCUCAACUUACAUAGAUUUUCUUUAUAAAAAACAAAACAAACAAAAAAAAAAAAAAAAAAACAGAAAACAAAAAAAGAAAAAAGGUUGGCUGUAGUUGGCCUGAAUAACAGGCAUGAUAUAUGGUGCUGUGCAAAAUAGUAAGCUAGCAUCUUACUGCCGUCAAUAUCAGCAGGUACAGAGCCUCUUUUCAGCCUAAUUCAAUAAGCUCUCAGGCUUCCAAGUCAGAUGGACAGGGUGGAGUGGAGUGAGGCAACAAAUUCACAAUAGGAUUUUUGAACCAUCAGGGGGAAAUAAGCUACUGAUAGUGAAAGCCCAGCCCUGACUCUGGCAUGCUACACUUGGCAGGAACUGGGCACCAAGAGCCUCUCGACUGCCCUAAAUCCUGUCAUCGGUGUAGCGGUAUCUGGCAGGAUAUAGAGCCAGUCGUGGAACCUUAUGCUCAAACUAAAGUAGGUCAUCACUUCCUGGAAACAAAGUCUGAUCACCUUGUGCUUCCUGAAACAGCAUAUAUCACUGUGAAACUAAAGAAUGCUGUACAGACUCACCUGUAGAAAGAAGCAAAGAACAGGAUAGCUUAGAAAGCUGUUUUUCUCUUAGCUAUACUCAGCUAAUUCUACUAGUCACUCAGGACUGCUAUUCAGUGUGCUUUUGUAAAAUGAGAUCAAAAUUUGAGUAAGAGAUGUGGCUGAGAUUUUGUCCUGCGUGAAGCCCAAAGCACUGAAGUUUGAGCGAGGGAAAGGCACUCUCCCCAGCGGGUGGAAGAUGGAUUCUCUGACAGCGAGUGCUACUUCGCCCUGCUGCAGCCUUUAGUUUGGCACCUGGCUCCAGCUUCAAGGUGAACUCAACAGAGGUUGCUCUUGACUGUUUGGAGGAACAACCAGCCUUCCUUUUCCCUUUGCUAAAAGAAGUUCAGAGGCAUUGUGGCCCGGAAGCGAGGUCUGUGACCCAGCCGCUUGUCAUGAGUGUGUGCCACUGACAGAACCCCAAGCCUCCCAGCCACUCCUGAUGGGGCUGCUCACACCGCAGCCACCCCAUCACCAACCUGCACCUUCCUUGGAGGAUUUAAAUAUGUUCGAUUGCAAAUGAAUGUUUUUAAGUGUAUUUAAUGCAAUUUUUCCUGUUCUCAACAUGACCACCCAAGAUUCAAACACAGAGAUUGCCAAGUUGUUAUUUUUUUCAGAACACCACCGAUUUAAAAAUCUGUCACAGCAGGGACUUGGGUUUUGUGCGGCCAACAGAGUGUUAAUGUGAGAACGCCAGUUUAAAGAAAAUCGAGUUUAUUGGGAAUAAAGCCUUAUAUAGGUCCACUCGUUGACAUUUCUAGUACUGAGAAAAUGUCCUUGGUUGGCAUUUGUAACACGAAACACUAUAGAGUUGGUAAAUAUAAAGAAACCAAUAACGAAUUGCUGAGACAAUCUUGAACCCAGAUAGCAUUAGAAAGCUGAAAGCCCAAUGAACUAACACUUUCACACUUAAACUCUGUGGAUAAAUCUUGCCUGUGGCUAUAAACAGAUGGUCAGAGAAAAAGUGCUUUACUAUAAUUAACUUUUCUGAUUUAAAUGAAGGAAAAAUGUAUUUAUUAAAGCUGUUUGCUGCUUUAUGCAGGUGCAGUGUUCAGUCGGCAAGAAAGUGGGAGGAAUGGGGCGUGGUCUGUGUCUCCACCCGAGUCCUUCACUAAGCUUCUCGCUCUCUCUAAUACUGCACUCUGUUUCUCCUUUUGUGCCCUGAUUGUAACCCAAAAUUUAUGAACUAGAAAAGAAUGUCCAGUUUAAUAAGUUGCAUUUUUUUUUCCUUAAGCACUUUAUGCAGAACAAUACAUGUUCUUCUGGUAGUGUUUGGAUAAUAUGAUUUUAACACAUGCUAAUAAAAGCCAAGAAAAAAAUCA